AUGAAUUUGCCAGAUAACGACGACCUCGAAAGGUUUUUGAGAAAUGUUGACCAGAUGAAUGAGUUGGUAAAACAGUUCAAUUCCAGCGAUGUGUCGUGCCAAGAGAAAGCAAUUGCUAUGGCAGAUCAAUUCAUCUCAUCCCUGGAGCAGAAGGAACCAUGUAAAACCAAAAUCAAUAAGACUGUUAUAAACAAAAAUCCUUCAUCUGAAAAUAGGCCACCGAACAUCCAGUAUGAAUCAAGGCAAAAUCCAGAGAAUUUCUUGAGGAUGUUAGAAAAAGAUGCCGAGGAGAGAAGACAGAGAAGAAAGAUGAAGGAAGAAAAAGCCAAUGCGUUAAGGGAGCAGGGGAAUGAGGCUUUCACUCAAGGUGACUACGAAACGGCUGUCCGGCUUUAUACUGAAGGCUUGGAGCAGCUGCGUGACAUGCAGGCUCUCUACACAAACAGAGCACAGGCCUUUAUCAAGUUGAAGAGAUAUAAGGAGGCCAUAAGUGACUGUGAGUGGGCUCUGAGGUGCAAUGAGAAGUGUAUUAAAGCAUAUGUACACAUGGGAAAAUCUCACCUAGCACUCAAGGAUUUCAAACAGUCCAGGAUUUGCUAUCGAAAAAUUUUGGAGAUGGAGCCACAGCGUGAGACCAUGGUCAAAGCUUAUCUGAGACAAGUGGAUUUGGAAGAGAAGGCAUCUCUCCAGGAAAAGACAGCUUGGGAAGAGCUACAGGAGGGAACGGAGCAGGCCAUGGCAGUACCAGAGCUGCUGAAGAAGCUCGACAGACCCAAUGAGAUCAAUCUUUACUACUGUGGUGGAUUGGAGCUGCUCUCACAGGCUAUUAAAGACUGUACUGGGCAGACAUUAUUCAGAUUAAACAAUGGCUUCAGUAUCAUCAAUGGCAAUAACACUGUAAGAAGCUGUCUCUCACAGAAUUCAAAAGAUCCAUAUGCGGUUGAUCUAUGUAUGUCCGUCGUCAAAUUAUGGAGGACAGUUUGCAGUGGAAACGAGCAGAACCAGCAGCUGUUGAUGGAGUGUCCCAGUACUAGACAACACAUGGUUCAGCUGUUGGCAUCACCGGUACGUGAAAUACAGAGGGAAAGCCUGGAAUUGCUCAGCAUGUACUCACAAACUCAAUACGGAAGAGACGUGCUCAUCGACAACCUGAAUUUAACCCAAAUGGCGGGGAACCUGAUGAGCUGUGUUUGCCGGGAUACAAGCUCUGCAUUGGCGCUUACAGUUCUGGAGAACUUGGCUGCAGAAAAUAAAUUUAAGAUUCAGUCAAGGGAGAUCUUCACAGCAGUGUUUGCCCUUGCUCUUGAACAUCUGCUGUCAAAUAUCAUGACAGCUGACCACAAGACACUGGCUUCUGUGAUUUCUGUGAUUGGGACCAUGUCUCUAGAUGAUGCCAUCAGUAAAAAGCUAGCGGGACGUAACGAAUUUUGGAGAUGCUCUCUCCAAGCAAUGGAGCGGAGUGUCGGCUGCGAAUGUAGAAGUGUCCUCUAUCCCCUCCUGGGUUUGAUGAUCAACUUAGCCUCAAAUCCCUCUCAAGUUGUCCAGGAGCACGCUGUUCUGGCCAGCAGCAGGUGCUUGCACCUGCUGAGCGAUUCCUCUGGAGGCGUCAUCACAAGAGCUGCAGGUUUGCUGAGCGUUCUGCUCCCGUUGUCUUCUGAUGCCACUCAAGAAGUUGUGCAGAAUGGAAUAGUGAAGAAGUUGCUGAAGACUCUGAAGGUAGGAGGAGAGAUGAGCUCCAGAUACUCCAUUAAAGCCCUGACAGUCUGUACUGCCUCAAUCCCACAGGCCUGUGAGGAGAUGGUUAAGCUUGACAAACGGCUGCGCACUUUGAGAAAACUCCUGGGUGGUAUUGAUGAGUUGGUGGUAGGGAACGCAGCUUUGUGUAUGGGCCAUUGCUUAGAAGUGGAUGGAGCUGCCGGUGGCCUCCUAGGCACAGACUGCGUGCAGUUGCUGCUACACCACGCUGCUGGAGACGCCAAAAGAGCAGCCGUUCGACAUAAUGCAGCCAUUACUCUUGGGAAGCUGUGCAAAAUAGAGCCCAGGCACAUGGAGAAACUCAGGGAGCUCCAUGGUUUAGAAAUCCUUCACUCCUGUGUGAGAUUGAUCACGUGAGCCACUACCA